AUGGUUGGUAUUGAUGAUUCGAAUGAUGAUGAUCUUUUAUUUAAUAAAUCAGAAAUUUCAAUACCUCGUCCAGUUCGAUUUUGGCUUCUUUUAUUAUUAGAUGUUCCAUCAAUUAUCUGUGCAUUCUUUGUAUUAUAUCAUCUACUCAUGGAUCGAACUCUAAGGCAACAAUUGAAUAAUCACACAAUUAUUAUUUUACUCGUCCUAGGAUUAACAAUUGAACUCAUUGAUAUUCCAUUGAAUCUUAGUUUUAUAUCUCAUAUGGGUAUUGUUGAGCCAUCAAGUCCAAUUUUAUGUCUUAUCUGGUGGUUUAUUGAUGUAGGCUAUUAUAAUGGAAUUACAAUUAUUAUGGCUUGGGGUUCAUUUGAACGACAUAUUCUAGUAUUCUAUGAUCAAUGGACAUCAACUAGAAGAAAACGUCUUAUCAUUCACUAUUUUCCAUUAAUUAUUUUGCUUUGCUAUAUCAAUAUCUUCUAUUUUGGUGUUAUUAUUUUUCCGCCAUGUAACAAUAUUUAUGUUUAUACAUUGCCUGUAUGUAAUAAUUUUCCGUGUUAUUUAAAUGACGCUAUUCUUGGUAAAUGGGAUUCUAUAAUGAAUAGUAUUUUACCUACGACAUUGAUUUGUUUCUUUGUUGUGACACUACUUAUUCGUGUCUACCGACAAAAGCGAAGUCUUAAUCAACCAAUUCGAUGGCGUAAACAACGUAAAUUAAUUAUUCAAUUAGUUCCUAUUUCUAUUCUCUAUACUAGCGUUAAUAUUCCUCUCAAUAUAAUUAUCCUUGCUCAUUUAUGUGGUCUAGCAAAUAAAACAGGUGCCGAUGUUCAACUCUAUUGUGAUUUUCUAUGUUAUUUAGUAGUUAUGCUCUUUCCUUUCUUAUGUCUUGGUUUCGUAUCCGAAUUACGUAAGAAAACAAAUCUACGACAAUUAUUUCUACCACGAACACAACGACGAGUGGGUGCUACUAGAAAUACAUGA